UGUGAGGUUCAGACAGGUGAGAGAGAUGCAUCAUGGGCGGGAAUGGACCAAAGAGUGACUCCAGGAAGCCAGAGAGUCAGCUGUCAUGUCACAAAGCAACCUGCAUCGGUGAGUUUGAUUAUCUGAACAAAAGAAUAUGCAAAUAUGAGCAUAAUUUAGUCUCAGUGUGCAGGAAAACAUAUCGGCUGAGGAUCCUCUGUCCUUCUGCUGGAUGUAUGUAGGCUCCUCCGUCCGGAGCUGAGCCCCCGUUGGAGGAGCGCUUGUUUGAAACGGGACCCCUCCAGCCUCCAUGGCUCACUCGUCAGACCCGUCCCGCAGGGAGAAGACCCCCGGGACCCAGGGGUCACACACGGCUACACGCAACCUCUUACGGAAGAAGGAGCAGCGGCGGCGUGGAAUCCGAUCCUCCUCGCCCAUGGGCCGGGUCAUCCUCAUCAACUCCCCUGUGGAUGGUGGCGAUGACAGCGAGGACCUCCAUACGAUCACAGUGGACAAGAGUGUGGACGGCAAGCUGGGCUUCAGCGUGCGUGGAGGCUCCGAGCACGGCCUCAGCAUCUUCGUCAGCAAGGUGGAGGACAACAGCACGGCGGAGGAGUCCGGCCUGCUCGUAGGUGACAAACUGGUGGAGGUGAACGGCGUCAGCCUGGAGAGCAUCACGAUGAGCAGCGCCGUGAAGGUCCUGACGGGCAACAACAGGCUGAGGAUGGUGGUGAGGCGGGUCGGCAAAGUCCCCGGCAUCCGCUACUCCAAGGAGAAGACUACCUGGGUGGAUUUGAUUCACAGGCGUAUGGUGGUGGAGGAGAGCGGACGGACUCCUUCGGACGCCAGCUCAGGGAGCGCCCUCCAGAGGAUCGUCCACCUUUACACCACCUCCGACGACUACUGCCUGGGCUUCAACAUCCGGGGCGGGAAGGAGUUUGGUCUGGGCAUCUAUGUCUCCAAACUGGAUCCUGGUGGUCUGGCUGAGCAGAAUGGGAUAAAGAUGGGGGACCAGAUCCUGGCUGCCAACGGCGUGAACUUUGAGGACAUCAGCCACAGUAACGCUGUGGAGGUGCUGAAGAGCCACACACACGUCAUGCUGACCAUCAAGGAAGCAGGACGAUACCCUGCUUAUAAAGAGAUGGUGGCCGAAUACAGGUGGCUCAAUAAGCUCGCCAAUGGCAAUCAGAAAUCUUCCUCCCAGGGUUCAGAAUCCAACUCCUCCGCCUCCUCCUUGUCAUCCGGGACUCCGGUGAGCUCUCUGAGCGGCCUGUCACAGGUCAUGUUCCCUCCCAGCAUGCCAUUUGGUUCAGACAUGGUGGACGUCUGCAUCUCUACGGAGGACCAAAGGUUCGAGUCGGAGCGAACCGAGACCGCCAUGCAGACGGACCUUCCCUCUCAGAGGACGGCUGCAGAAACCACUCGCAGCCUGGGCCGAACCACUCUGCUCAGAGACACGGUGAUCCGCGGGGAGGAGGGGGAGGGCGGCGGGAGACAAGAGUCCCCCAAGACGGCCGUGCUGCUGGCCCUCAGCCGACCGAGCCGACCAAUCAGCAGGUCCCAGAGCCAAGUCACCGUGGCAGAGAUCAAGCAGAAGAAAGAGAAGAAGCAGAAAGGGAAGCACCCAGAGGAGAAGAGCACCCUGCAGCGCUCAAAGACCUUCGUCAACCUGCUGUUCAAGGGGGGACGCAAGAGAGACACUUCCAAGGGUCGCUCCAAGUCCCCGUCAACUCACAAGGCUGGCAAAGGCGGACGACAGGCCGGUGCGAUGCCAAACUCAGAGAUGCUCGGCGCGGUGGAGGACAUGGCCCGCAGGCUGCUGACUGAGGAGGAGGUGGCUGCUGUGAUGAAGACGUGCCGAAAGUACGUGGCAGAGCGGUCAGUGGAGAACUUGAUACGCCACCUGCUGGCCGUGCUGGACAGACCUGAGAAGCUGCUGCUGCUGAGGGAAGUCCGGAUGCUGCUUCCUCCUCCUGACCUGAGUGCAUUCAAUAACAUGGUGACCCCGGUCGAAGUCGAGGCCUACGACAUCCUCAAGUAUCGUUCAAUCCAAACUCCUCCUCUUCGCUCUCCAACAUCCGGGCGAGCACCAAAACGGCGCCUCAUCACUCCAAUCCCGGAUUUCAGAGGAGGCUUUGAGCUCCACAAUGCCGAGGAGGUGGAGAAGGAGGGCCACCUGCUGGAUGAGCUGGAGAGGCUCAGUGUGUCGGGGCCCCGGGGGUCCAUGGAGAGGCCCCGUCCCUCCAGGUCCUUCACCCCGCUGCUGGACAUACCCGUGGACGGAUACGACACAGAGUCCAGCGACCUCCGACCCCCCUCUGCCGGCGCCAUGCUCCCCAACUGGCUGCUGGCCCGAAGCCAAGACUCCCACCGUCCUCCUCUCAGAACGGACAUCGGCACGAUUCGCUCCAUCCACUUCGACGAGGUUUCGCUGCACUCGACCUCCGACACGACCUCAGAGAGAGGGAGGUCAACGUUUAGAAACGGCCACUCCAAAGGCCAAAAGGAGAAAAGUGGAGAGAGGAGCAAAGACACUGUGUUCACGCUGCAGAGCGCCGCUCGCAGGAGUCGGCCCGCGUUGUCUCAGGUGUUCAGAUCGAGUCCAGAGCGGCGAGUCGGGACGGAGCAGAUGAACGGACACCAGGCGGCCUCUGAAAACGGACUCAACGGCUCCGAGCCUGAACAGGAGUACGAGCUCAAAACCGUCAGCAUCUCCAAGACCAAACAGUCACUGGGCAUCAGUAUAUCUGGUGGGAUGGAGUCGAAGGUUCAGCCGGUGGUGAAGAUCGAGAAGAUCUUCCCUGGAGGAGCGGCCUCCACCUGUGAAGUGCUCAAGGCUGGAUUCGAGUUGGUGUCCGUGGACGGAAUCUCGUUGCAAGGCGUGACCCAUCAGCACGCCGUCGACAUCAUCCGAAAAGCCUUCAGCAACAAGGCCAAAGACCCCAUGGUGUUCGCUGUCAAGGUCCCCAAAAACAUUUUGAAAGGAGACUGAGACUCUCGUCAGGACUUUAGACAAAAUACUAAACAUGGACAGACACGGCC